AUGGGUUAAUAAGGAAUUUAAAAGUUAAAAUGUUAGAAAGAUGAUCAUUAGGAUGAAAUAGAUAGUGUUUGUUAUAAUUAGGGUUGCACAAAAUUCAGAUUAAAUUGUUUUAAAUGUAUGAAGAAGGGGAUCCAUCAUACUCAUCUUGAUGAUGUUGAAAAAAUAAACAGUUUGAAGGAUUAUAUUGAAAUGUAAAACAAGGAAUGUGAUAAUUUAAUUAAUAAUCUUAAUAAAUUAGUAGAAAGAGUAAAUCAAUCAUAUUCAUAAUAUAAAUAGGGAAUCAAUAGAAAAUAUUCUCUAUUAAAAGAAAGAUUAUUGUAAUUGAAUUCAUAAUAAAUAAACGAUUUCUUAAAUUCAACUAUAACAUUUACAGAAUAUAAAUAAUCAAUAACAACUAUCAUCUCAGAUAAGAUUAAAAACUUAGAUGAUACUUUUAAUAAUUUAUAUGAUUAAUUACAAUUAUUAUCAUUUGAUUAUUAUUAAAUAAAUGAUAAUGAAAUCAAAUUAUCAAAAUAAAUGUGUAAUCAAGGUAUUACAUCAACUAAAUAUUUAGGUAUUAAUGUAGCUUAGGAAUAAAAAUAUGAUGAAUCAAUAUAAUUAUUAGAUAAAUCAAUUUAAUUAGAUCCGAAUAACUAGGAGGCACUAUGGCGCAAAGGUAAUGAUCAUAAUAAUUUAUAAUUAGGUUAAUGUUUAAGACUUUUAGAGAGAUAUGAGGAUGCAAUCACUUGGUUAGACAAAACAUUACUUGUUGACCCUAAACUUGUUAAGUCUUUAUGUAAUAAAGGUAGAUUUAUUUUGGAUUGAUUUAUUAAGGUAAUGUUUAACAAUGUUAACGAGAUAUGAGGAUGCAAUCACUUGGUUAGAUAAAGCAUUACUUAUCGAUCCUAAAGAUGUUGAUUCUUUAUGGAAUAAAGGUAGAUUUAAUUUGAAUUGAUUUAUUAGGUUAAUGUUUAAGACUUUUAGAGAGAUAUGAGGAUGCAAUCACUUGGUUAGACAAAACAUUACUUGUUGACCCUAAACAUAUUUUGUCUUUAUGUAAUAAAGGUAGAUUUAGUUUUGAUUUAUCAGGUGAGUGUUUAAGAAAACUGAAGAGAUUCGAUGAUUCUGCGAAAUACAUAGAUUUAGCCCUUCACAUUAAUCCUAAUGAUACGUUUUCACUUAAUUAAUAAGGUAUAUAUUUAAUAUAUUUUUAAAGGAUUAUUGUUAGAAGAUUAAUAAAAAUAUGAAAACGCUCUCACUUAUUAUGAAAAAUCAUUAACAUUAUCACCUAAUAAUUAAUAGACUAUAAUUAGGAAGCGUAUAAUUAAUUAUUAAAUUAGAAUUAUGUUUGACCCUUUUAAAGCAAUGA